AACAACAACAACAACAAAAAAACCCAGAAAAAGAUGGUGGAUAGGCUCUAACAUGACAACAUCCCACUAGGAGAAACUUCUAAAUUCUCUCUCAACCCUCAUAUGUUCAAGGAGAAAGGCCCAGAUUGGGGCAGGGGGCAUGUCUUGAUAUUGUCUGGUGCUUGGUUAUCUCCCAGUUGAACAGUGAGAGCAGGCCAUGGGCUCAGAGCCUUUAGCAGGAAACAGUGUCUGCUUGAUAGGAAAUGACAGUACAGGUGGUACUCAGAUACUGUAAGAUGUUUUGGGGUGGUAGGAAAAUGACAGAAGUUUGGGAGGCACUGAUACAAGUCACAGGAAACAUUUGCCUAUCUCAUUUUACUUAUCUGGUAGACAACCAUUUCACGCAAUUCUGGGGUCCCUUCCAUCACUGAGUCUCUGCACCUGGGGGAGAUGGUCUGCUCAGGCCACUGCCCACUGCCUCCCUGAAUCCCAGCUAAAGCAUUUGACACCCAGAGAAGGGGUUCCAGUGGCAGGGACUGGAAAUAGACCACAUAGAGAAGGUGGGGUGGACCACAUGAACCCCAAGACACCAUCCCUCAUCAACUCAUAGGCACCUGAAAUGGGGGAAAGGGGAAUAUGUUUAAGGACGAUAUAAAAGGGAAAAUCUCAAAUGGGAAAAUGUUUAUCCACCAUUCUAUUUCCCAUUGGUUGUUUUUGCUGGGGAAAUUUCCCGACUGCCUUAAAUUAAGCACUAAAAUUAGCAAGCUGUCUACCCAGAUUGUUUUGUUUUGCCUGUUUCUAUGUUUGCACUUUUGUUGGUGUAAUUAAACUUUUUUUUUUGAGAUAAUUGUAGAUUCACACGCUGUUCUCAGAUAUAAUACAGAGGGGUCCCAUACACCCUUUAUCCAGCUCCUCCAAUAUCCUAGGACAAAAUUAUAGGACAAAACUGCAACCAGGACACUGAUGUCAGUACAAUUAAGAUACAGAACAUUCCAUCACCGCAAGGAUUUCUCAUGUUAUCCUUUUAUAGCCACCUCACCCCCCACCUCCACAGGCCUGGCCCGCACCGUCAGUCACUCAUCUGCUCUCCAGUUCUGUAAUUUUGCCAUUUCAAGAAUGUUACAUGAAUGUAUUUAUACAGUAUGUAACCUUUGGGAACUGUUUUUUUUUCCCCUAAGCACACUUCCCUGGAGAUACAUCUGAGCUGUUGUGUGUGUCACUAGUCCUUUCCUUUGUGGCUGGGUGGUACUCCAUGGCGCUGAUGGACCAGUCUGUUUAACCAGCACCCACUGAAGGACCUCUGUGCUGUUUCCAGCUGUGCGUUAUUAUGACUAGAGCUGCUAGUAACAUUUUAUGCGCAGCUGUUUGGGUGAACGUGACUUUUCAUUUCUCUGGGAUAAAUGUUCAAAAGUAGGUAUGUUUGUUUGUAAUAAAUUAAUUGCAUUCAUUUACGAUCAGGAUGUUUCACCUACAAAUCCAUGUUCCUAAUUUCUCCUCAAUAAAUAUAAGAUCUGGAAACAUGGGGCCACAGGGACUCAUGAUCCUGAUGGGCCACAGUGCUUCAGUACCCUAAUGCCCCAUAGCUUUUGAUGUAUUUAUUUAGCUCCUGGAAAGGCUCCUGGUUUGCCAACUGAAGUGGGCAGAACGGGAACAUGAUGAGUUAUAUCUUGAUUUUUAAAUGUAUAUGUUUGUAUAUGCAUAAACUUGCUCUGGAAGCUUAUUCAAACAGAAAACACUGGCGAUGGAGAAGGUACUGGGUGAUGGGAAAGCCCGGGAAAUCACUUUCAUUCUGAGCCCUUUUGACCUUUUUAAUUUAAACCAUCUGACUGCAAAAUGAAUCAAUAAAAUAUGCCAACAAGAACCGGAAGAUUUCCUCACAGGUUUUCCUUUGAGGCUGCUUUGUCACAAAACUCUUCUGUUUCUUCAGAGAAGAUAACCCACUGGAAUUCCUCCUCCCCUAGCUCUGGGAUCUCUAGAGGUUCCCUGGUCUGUGGCCUUCAGGCUUUGAGGGUGACCCCCAAGACACCCCUCAUCGCCAUCCAGAAGUCCAAUGACCCCUGAGGGGCAGGCUCAGACCCAUCUGGGCCUCUCUGAAGCCCAGUGAGGGUUCUAUGCCCAGCUCAGGGGCCACCUUCUCUAAGAACCCUUCCCCAGCCUGACUGAAAUUCGGCUUCUCCUUCCUUGUCAGGCCGUGGCAUCAAUGUGUGCCUUCCGGGUUAAAAUUCAGCGUACACUUCCUGGACCCUGCACAAGAGCUGGGCCUUCACAUGCUCACCCAGGCCCCUUCCUUACCUCCCACUAGGCUGCGCCCUCCCUGUGAGAUUAACAUUUUACAGGCACUGGUGCUGGCUAAACCAACCCUCAUAUAAUUCACACAAAAAAAACAACUGCAAACCAUAGAGCACAAAAAGUAGAUUGAAUUUAAGACCUGAGAUGUCUGCAUGCCAUCGAAUUCGGGGAGGUGGGGUUAGCGUAAGAGCUGGCGUCCUCAAUCUGCCCUUUGGGUAACCCCCUCCCGCUUCUGGAAGACAUGGUUGCAGUGCCGAGAACAAGGGCUUUGGGGCCAGAGAGCCCCUGCACUGCCUUUCUUGGCUGAGUGAUCUUCGGGUCACUCAACCUGUUUCUUCCUGGAGAAACAGGGACCACAUGGCCUUUCUGGCAAGGCUUUUAGGUGGCUGAAGAGGGAAGAAGGACCCAUAGUGCCCUCAGCGCUGAGGAGGUCUCCUUCCCCUUGCGGAACACACGGUCCCUCUUGAAAGUGUGGACUUGGAUGGGGCGCACAUCGGCACUCCGCAUCCCAGAUUUCCUGGGUGCCCGUCCUUUUGCGUGCUGAGUUCAAAGUAUGGGGAGCCUGGCGGCCUACUUUGCGCUCUGCCUAGGUCCGGAGGCGCUGAACAGAGCUAAAUGAAACACUGCGGGGACGAUCUGGAAGGCUCCACAUUGGCGUGCAGUACCGCUGGAGGGUGUGAAACCAGGGGCUAUGAGCACCGAGGCCAGAAAACUGCUCAGGGUUUCCCGCGUGGUCCAGAGGUCAUCGACCCGGCCAGAGGUGGCCAGCAUAGAGCCAGUGGGCCCAGACGAGCGGCAGUGCUCCCAGAAGGCGGUGGUGCAGGCCCGCCUGUCCCAGCCCGCCCGCCUGACGAGCAUCAUCUUUGCAGAGGACAUCACCACAGGCCAGGUCCUGCGCUGUGAUGCCAUCGUCGACCUCAUCCAUGGCAUUCAGAUUGUGUCCACAACCCGUGAACUCUAUCUGGAAGACUCGCCACUGGAGCUGAAGAUCCAGGCUCUGGACUCUGAAGGGAACACGUUCAGCACCCUGGCUGGGCUCGUCUUUGACUGGACGAUUGUGAAGGACACGGAGGCCAGCCGGUUCUCAGACUCUCACAAUGCACUGCGAAUUCUCCCAUUCUUGGAGUCUACGUACAUACCUCCUUCCUACAUCUCAGAGAUGGAGAAGGUGGCCAAGCAGGGGGACACCAUCCUGGUGUCCGGGAUGAAGACUGGGAGCUCCAAGCUCAAGGCACGCAUUCAGGAGGUCGUCUACAAGAAUGUCCACCCUGCAGAGGUCAGGCUGCUGAUUUUGGAGAACAUCCUUCUGAACCCAGCUUAUGAUGUCUACCUACUGGUGGGGACCUCCAUUUGCUAUAAGGUGCAGAAGAUCAGGCAAGGAAAGAUUACGGAACUCGCAAUGCCUUCGGAUCAGUAUGAGUUGCAGCUUCAGAACAACAUCCAGGGUCCUGGGGGAGACCCAGGCCAGCCUGUGGCUGUCUUGGAGCAGGACACCUCGACGGUAACUGCAGUGCAGCUGGGACAGAGCAACCUGGUCCUCGGCCACAAGAGUAUCCGUAUGCAGGGUGCUUCCAGGUUACCCAACAGCACCAUCUAUGUGGUGGAACCCGGAUACCUGGGGUUCACAGUCUACCCUGGUGACAGAUGGGUGCUCGAGACUGGCCGACUGUACGAAAUUACCAUUGAAGUGCUGGACAAGUUCGGUAACAAGGUCUACCCAUCAGACAGCAUCCGCAUUGAAACUGUGCUCCCGGUUGAGUUCUUUGAGGUGCUCUCUACUUCCCAGAAUGGGUCAUACCAUCACGUCAGGGCGAUGAAGAGGGGCCAAACAAACAUCGAUGCGGCCCUCACCUCCGUGGUGGACCAGGACGGAGGGGUCCACGCAUUGCGGGUACCUGUGUGGAACCAGCAGGAGGUGGAAAUUCAUAUCCCCAUCACCCUCUAUCCCAGCAUCUUGACAUUUCCAUGGCAACCAAAGACGGGCGCCUAUCAGUACAUGAUAAAGGCCCAUGGCGGGAGUGGGAACUUCAGUUGGUCUUCAUCAAGUCUCAGUGUCGCCACGGUCACUGUCAAGGGUGUGAUGACGACAGGCAGUGACAUAGGACUCAGUGUAAUCCAGGCACAUGAUGUUCAGAAUCCACUACAUUUCGGGGAGAUGAAGGUGUAUGUGAUCGAGCCCAGUGGCAUGGAGUUCGCCCCGUGCCAGGUGGAGGCACGAGUGGGCCAGACCCUGGAGCUGCCCCUAAGGAUCACCGGCCUCAUGCCCAGCGGGGCCAACGAGGUUGUCACCCUGAGCGACUGCUCCCAUUUCGACUUGGUGGUUGAGGUAGAGAACCAGGGUGUAUUCCAGCCGCUGCCAGGGAGGCUCCGGCCAGGCUCUGAGCACUGCAGUGGCGUCAGGGUGCGAGCUGAGGCCCAGGGCUACACCGCGCUGCUCGUGAGCUACAGGCAUGGCCACGUUCACCUGAGUGCCCGCAUCACCAUUGCUGCCUACCUGCCCCUUAAGGCCGUGGACCCCUCUUCUGUCGCCUUGGUGACCCUUGGCUCAUCAAAGGAGAUGCUAUUUGAAGGAGGUCCCAGACCCUGGGUCCUCGAGCCAUCCAAGUUCUUCCGAAACGUCACCUCCGAGGACAUGCAUAGCAUCAGUCUUGCUCUCUUUGGCCCUCCUGCCUCCCGGAAUUAUGAGCAACACUGGAUCCUUGUGACCUGCCAGGCCUUAGGUGAACAGGUCAUUGCCCUCUCUGUGGGGAACAAGCCCAGCAUCACCAACCCUUUCCCUGCUCUGGAGCCGGCCGUGGUGAAGUUUGUGUGUGCCCCGCCAUCCAGGCUCACCUUAACGCCUGUCUACGCCAGCCCGCAGCUGGACCUGUCAUGUCCGCUGCUGCAGCAGAACAAGCAAGUGGUUCCAGUCUCCAGCCAUCGCAACCCCAUCCUGGACCUGGCUGCCUAUGACCAGCAGGGCCGCAGAUUCAGCAACUUCAGCUCUCUGAGCAUCCAGUGGGAGUCCACCAGGCCAUCGCUGGCCAGCAUCGAGCCGGACCUGCCAAUGCGGCUGGUGUUCCAGGAGGAUGGCAGUGGCCAGAAGAAGUUGCAUGGUUUGCAGGCCAUUUCGGUUCAUAAGGCAUCAGGAGCCACAGCCAUCUCUGCCACCGUGACUGGUUACCAGCAGUCCCACGUCAGUGCCGCCAGAGUGAAGCAGCCGUAUGACCCUCUGGUGCCUGUGUCAGCCUCCAUAGAACUCAUCCUGGUGGAGGACGUGAGGGUGAGUCCGGAAGAGAUGACCAUCUACAACCACCCCGGAGUGCAGGUGGAGCUGCACAUCAGAGAAGGUUCUGGCUACUUCUUCCUCAACACCAGCACUGCAGACGUUGUGAAGGUGGCCUACCAGGAGGCCAGGGGCAGUGCCACGGUGCACCCUUUGCUCCCGGGCAUGUCGACCAUCAUGGUUCAUGACUUGUGCCUCACCUUCCCAGCCCCAGCAAAGGCUGCCGUUUAUGUCUCAGACAUUCAGGAGCUCUACGUCCGGGUGGUGGACAAGGUGGAGAUUGGGAAGACAGUCAAGGCCCAUGUCCGUGUGCUGGACUUCCACAAAAAGCCUUUCCUGGCCAAGUACUUUGCCUUCAUGGACCUGAAGCUCCGAGCAGCCUCCCAGAUCAUCACGUUGGUCUCCCUCGAUGAGGCCCUUGACAACUACACUGCGACGUUCCGUGUGCAUGGUGUAGCCAUCGGCCAGACCAGCCUCACCGCCACUGUGACUGAUAAAGCAGGGCAGAGAAUCAACUCGGCUCCACAGCAGAUUGAGGUCUUUCCCCCAUUUCGGCUAAUACCCAGGAAGGUGACGCUGAUUAUCGGGGCCAUGAUGCAGAUCACCUCUGAGGGCGGCCCCCAGCCUCAGUCCAACAUCCUCUUCUCCAUCAGCAACAACAGCGUCGCAGUGGUGAAUGGGGCGGGGCUGGUGCAGGGGCUCGCCGUUGGCAACAGCACCGUGUCAGGGGUUGUGCAGGCUGUGGACGCUGAGACUGGCAAGCUCGUCAUUGUGUCUCAGGAUCUCGUGGAAGUGGAGGUGCUGCUUCUGCAGGCAGUGAGGAUCCGCGCACCCAUCACCCGGAUGAGGACAGGAACCCAGAUGCCCGUUUAUGUAACCGGAAUCACCAACAACCAGAACCCUUUCUCCUUUGGCAAUGCCGUGCCAGGCCUGACCUUCCACUGGUCAGUCACCAAGCGGGACAUCCUGGACAUCCGGGGACGGCACCACGAGGCAUCUCUCCGGCUCCUGUCCCAGUACAACUUCGCCAUGACCGUGCAUGGCCGGGUGAAGGGCCGCACCGGACUGAGGGUGGUGGUCAAGGCUCUGGACCCCACCGCUGGGCAGCUGCAUGGCCUCGUCAAAGAGCUCUCUGAUGAGAUCCAAAUCCAGGUGUUUGAAAAGCUGCUGCUGCUGAACCCUGAAAUAGAAACAGAACAGAUAUUAAUGUCACCCAACUCAUUUAUAAAGCUUCAGACGAACAGGGAUGGCGCAGCUUCUCUGAGCUACCGUGUCCUGGAUGGGCCCGAGAAGGCCCCCGUCGUGCACAUUGAUGACAAGGGCUUUCUGGCAUCGGGGUCUGUGAUUGGGACUUCUACCAUAGAAGUGACUGCGCAGGAGCCUUUCGGGGCCAACCAGACCAUCAUCGUUGCAGUAAAGGUGUCUCCUGUUUCUUACCUGAGGAUCUCCAUGAACCCAGCCCUGCACACCCAGAACAAGGAGGCUCUGGUGGCCCUGCCUUUGGGAAUGACUGUGACAUUCACUGUCCACUUCCAUGACAACUCUGGGGAUGCUUUCCAUGCUCACAAUUCGAUUGUCUACUUUGCAACUAACAGAGACGAGUUUGUGCAGAUUGGGAAGGGCACUACCAACAACACCUGUGUCAUCCGCUCCGUCAGCGUGGGCCUCACACUGCUCCGGGUGUGGGACGGGGAGCACAUUGGCCUCUCCGACUUCGUCCCGCUGCCCGUCCAGCAGGCCAUUUCCCCAGAGCUGCCUGGAACGGUGGUGGUGGGGGAUGUCCUCUGUCUGACCACUGUCCUGGUCAGCCUGGAAGGUCUCUCUGGAACCUGGAGCUCCUCAGCCAACAGCAUCCUCCACAUAGACCCCAAGACGGGCGUGGCUGUGGCCCGGGAUGCGGGAUCCGUGACGAUUUACUACGAGGUCGCUGGGCACCUGAGGACCUACAAGGAGGUAGUGAUCGGCAUCCCACAGAGGAUCGUAGCACGUCACGUCCGGCCCAUCCAGACCAGCUUCCAGGAGGUCACAGCCUCCAAAGUGAUGGUCACCGUGGGAGACAGAAACUCUAACCUAAGAGGUGAGUGUUCCGUGGCCCAGAUGGAAGUUAUUGAGACCCUGCGCCCAGAGUCCCUCAUCAGCUGCCAGCUCCAGUUCAAGCAAGAUGUCUUCGAUUUCCCGGCACGUGACAUUUUCACUGAAGAACCAAGGUUUGACACUGCUCUGGGCCGGUACCUCUGCUUGGUCACAAUGCACAGACUGACGGACAAGCAGCUGAAGCUUCUGAGCAUGAAGAAGACAGCGCUGCUGGUCACUGCCUCCCUCCUGGGCAGCCACUUCUCUGGAGAGCAGGUCGCAGCUGAGGUGCCCUUUAGCCCAGGGCUGUAUGCCGACCAGGCUGAGGUCCUUCUGAGCAACCACUACACCAGCUCUGAGGUCAAGGUGUUUGGUGCCAUGGAGAUUCUGGAGAACCUGGAGGUGAAAUCGGGAUCCCCAGCCGUGCUGGCCUUCGAGAAGGAGAAGUCUUUUGGGCUGCCCAGCUUUGUCACAUACACAGUUGGCCUCUCGGAUCCUGUGGCCGGCAGCCAGGGGCCUCUGUCCACCACUGUGACCUUCUCCAGCCCCACGACUAGCCAAGCCGUCACCAUCCCGGUCACCGUGGUCUUUGUGAUGGAUCACCGAGGGCCUGGUCCUUAUGGAGCUAGCCUCUUCCAGCACUUCCUGGACUCCUACCAAGUCAUGUUCUUCACGUUGUUUGCCAUGCUGGCUGGGACUGCUGUCAUGGUCAUAGCCUACCACACGGUCCGCGCCCCCCAGGAGCUCAACACAUCUCCAGCCCUCUCCCCCCGAGUCAGCCCUCGGCACAGCCCCCACUAUUUUGCUGCCUCAUCACCUUCGAUGCCUUUCAAUACACUGCCUGGUCGCAGGGCCAGUCCUCCCUCGGGGCUGUGGAGCCCGGCGUACCCCUCGCACUAGGCGGCACGCACUGCCAAGGCCCUGGCACUCCUGUGACUCCACGACGGGGCCAUCCUGCUUGGCCCAGCCCUGAGCCAGCCCCAGACACGAGCCUACUCGCACGCCUCCUGUGUCCUCACAGGCCUUAGUUAAGACUGUGUUCAUAGCUUAUUCUCACAUAUCGGACUUUGUUUGUCUUACUUCAGUCUUGCAAAGGCUGAGACUUUCCGACUCAUUCCUUCAUGCUGGUUGUCUAGGGUUUCGACAAUGUGCAGCUAUGCUUUCAUUUUCCUAGCAUCUCUGAAACCACUCCCUCCCAAGACUUCAAGCAGGCCAAGCUCUGUUUAGAAGUUGUAGAUGAUGUUACUGCCAUGGUCUCAGGGAAAGGACUUUUUAAUUUUUUUAAUUUUUGUUUGGUGUUUUUCACUGUGGAAACGACUUCCCCCUAAUCUGGCUCCUGCUAGGAGAUGAGGGGAGUGAAUGAUGAGUGUCUGGUGCCUGCCCCGUUACUUCUCAGAAGCCUGAGGACCGCAGCAACUGAACCCCAUGCGGCCUGGGCUCCAGGGAGACACAGACUGGGCAGCAAGCAACAGCCUGCCUUCAGCCCCUCCUUGGGCUACUGCGACCAGACUGCUGGCCCCGUGUUCUUUGUGUCCUGAGCUGUGGAAACAUCUCCUGGGCUCGGCCCAGGCCCUGUGGGGACAGCCCCACUUCUCUAUCAGCACAGGGAUGUUGGAAUGUCCUUGAGCUGGGGUCAGGAAUCUCCUUUCUGUUUAUCUGGAAAAGCCACUGUGUUCGCCCAAGCACAAAGACCCAGUGUUGUUUGUCCCUCUCGUACCACAGUCCCACCUCAGCAUAUCUGAGCCUCUGUCCUGCCCCCAGCAGAAGAUGCCUCCUUGGAGGCAGCAGAGGGCCCAGGGCCCUCCAGGCAGCUCCCUAAUGGGCACAGAGCCCAGGAGAGCGAGCCAGGUCCUGCAGACCUACCCUCCAGGAAGGGCCCAGGGAGGAGAAGAGGGCUGGGGCAAGUCCUCCCUCCUUUCCCUCCUCACCUCCUCAGCAACUGAGACCUCCGCACGCAGCUCUGUGCCCUGGGCAGGAGCCCUGCACUCUCAGGAAGACCUGGAGAUGCACCCCAGGGCCAGGCACGCGUGGACACUGUGUGGGGUUCUGUGUGACCCUGAGCCGCAGCUGUGAAGCCACAUCAGUCCUUUUGGGCUGGUCCAUGUGAUUUCUUUUGUAAAGCUGGAGACAGGGAGAAUUGUGCCUUGCAUAUUACUUGAGUUCAAACUGACCACAUGGAUGUAAAUCGGUGCAUUUCUACUCGGUUUGUUUAAUAAAGCACAAUAUAAUCUCA